UCACGUCGUGACCUCAUAGUAAACAUGGCGGAUCCGGAAGGAGAGUCGCUUGAAUCAUGGCUGAACAAGGCCACCAACCCUUCCAACAGGCAUGAGGAUUGGGAGUACAUUAUGGGGUUCUGCGAUCAAAUAAACAAGGAGCUCGAAGGGCCACAGAUCUCUGUACGGUUAUUAGGACACAAAAUACAGUCACCUCAGGAAUGGGAAGCCGUACAAGCAUUAACCGUUUUGGAGGCUUGCAUGAAGAACUGCGGGAAAAGGUUUCAUAAUGAAGUUGGCAAAUUUAGAUUUUUAAACGAACUUAUAAAAGUGGUGUCUCCUAAGUAUUUAGGGGACCGAGUAUCGCACCAGGUGAAGACGAAAGUUAUUGAAAUGUUGUACAGCUGGUCUGUGGCCUUGCCGGAUGAAGCAAAGAUAGCUGAAGCUUACCAAAUGCUCAAACGACAAGGUAUUGUGACUGUAGAUCCCGAUGUUCCUGUAGACAGAACCUUGAUGCCCUCGCCUCCUGUACGGCCGAAGAACCCAGUGUUUGAGAACGAAGAGAAAAGCAAGCGUUUAGCUGAGCUCCUGAAGAGUAAGAAGCCUGAAGACCUGCAGGAGGCCAAUCGACUCAUCAAGAACAUGGUGAAAGAGGAUGAAGCUCGGAUGCACAAAGCCUCGAAGCGCACAAACACGCUAGCGGAAGUCAACAACAGCGUGAAGCUCUUGAACGAGAUGCUGAGCCACUUCAGUCAAGAGGAGUCAUCUCAGGCUGACAAAGAGCUCAUCAAGGAGCUACAUGAUGAGUGUGACAAACUAAGGAAUGAAGUAUUCAAACUAGCAACGGAAACAGAAGACAACGACAACUGCUUAGGUGAAAUUCUGCAGGCCAGUGAUGAUCUUUCACGUGUCAUCAACUCGUAUAAAGAGAUGGUGGAAGGGCAGACGCCUAACGGCAAUACCCCUGGAUCAUCGACGUCAGAGCGAACGACAGGCUGCAGUUCAGAGAUUCUGAUCGACCUGGCUGGCUUAGAUCUUCAGAGUCCAACACCAGUGGAACCAGCACCACCAGCAGAAUCAUCCGCUCCUCCCCCCUCGUGUCCUUCAAACGGGCUUCCCCCGGACCUGCUCAUGCCGUCUUCCGCCUCUGCCUCUUUCCCUCCCCUGUUCAGCCCUCUGGCUGAACCACAGGCUGGCUUGGUCGCUGAGGUCCAGUCUGGUCCAAGCCCUCCAAACGUCCAGCUCCAGCCAUCCACCUCCUUCUCCUUACUAGAUGAAGAACUGCUCUCCUUAGGCCUUGGUGAUCCAGGGAGUGGCCUCAUCACUCAAACUGAGACAAAGCCAAAGGACAGUGACAUGAAUAGCAAUCAGUGGACAGUCCCACAGGAGCCCGAUUCCUUGCUGGACCUGUUGGGAAGUUCUCCGCCGUUAGACCCAGUGCUCCCCGUGAAGCCCUGUGACUCUACCUCAGCCAAAGGUCCCGUCCUCUCUUUCCCAGAACCCCCUGCAGCGGUUCCCUUCCCCUUCCCAAGCGCCGCUCAGUCCGUGUCCGCCUCCCUCAACCAAGGCUUGCAGGAUCUCGCCAUGCUUGAUCUGGGAAACUCGAACAGUCUAGCUGGUCUCGCCACCUCAGGGUCUCCGUUUGGGAUGGAGCUGGGAGAGGCGGCUGCUGCUGCCGUCCCUGACUUGUGCUCCCUGCCCACCCUCAUCCCUGCCCCUGCCCCUGCCUCAGCCCCUUCUCCCACCCCUGCGCUGAGCUCCAUGCCUGCUUCUCUCAGCUCCCUGGACACCCUCAUCCCUGCCCCUGCCCCCACCACCGCCCUUGCCCCUGCCCCCACCCCGGCCCCCUGCCCUGCCCCUGCCCCUGCACUGAGCUCCAUGCCCGCUUCUCUCGCCACCUCCAUGCCCGCCUCUCUGGCCACCUCCAUGCCGGCUUCUCUGUCCACCUCCUUCGUUAAGAGCCAAGCCGUGGGUGUGCCUCCGGAGAGCCCCCUGUUCCGCUCCUUGUCACCCCUCAUCUCCACCAGCCAGGACAGUCCGGCCAGGGUCUCGGAGAUCUCCCUGGCUAAUGUAUUCGUUCCUCUGGACUCUAUCAAACCCAGUAAAGCGUGCCCGGUGACGGCCUAUGACAAGGACGGCGUUCGCGUCCUCCUGCACUUUGCCAGCGAGUCGCCCCCCGGCCGACCCGACGUCCUGGUCAUUGUGGUGUCCAUGCUGAACACAGCGCCCCUGCCUGUCAAGAGUGUGGUACUACAGGCAGCAGUGCCUAAGUCCAUGAAGCUGAAGCUGCAGCCGCCCUCUGGCACGGAGCUGGCCCCCUUCAACCCCAUCCUGCCCCCCGGAGCCAUCACACAGGUCAUGCUGCUGGCCAACCCUCUUAAGGAGAAGGUGAGGAUGCGCUACAAGCUGACGUUCACCCUGGGAGACCAGCCGCACACGGAGGUGGGAGAGGUCGACCAGUUUCCACCAGCCGAGAAGUGGGGCAGCCUAUAACCUUACUCUACCGCCCCCAACCCCAUUCCCAUUCCCAUCCCAGAGUCAGCAGCAGAGUGUUACCAAAGAGGGUUGAUUAGAGAAAGAUACUUCAGGCUUGAACUUCCGGAAUCCAUGUGACAUCAGGUGAACGCCCCCUUAGGAGACCUUCGGUUAGGAGAACUUAGGAAUCAUGCGGUUGAGAAUAAAUGAAGUCCCCUAAGCGCUGUAGAUGGCGGUAGUGCACAUCUUGUGCAAGCCACCACCAACCAUCACAAAAAAGAGAAGAAGAAGGAGGGGACAACGCCCCUUAAAAGACCAAACUUGAGCGCACGCUUUUGCAUUGUGUGGGCGGAGUCUUUAAUCUACCCUCUUUGGUGUUACUGUAACUCAGAUGUCUGAUGAAGAGCAAUCGGCCCUCCUAUGGCCACGUCGCAUGGAGGGGGGAAACCUUCCCUGUUAUGUCUAUGAAUGUCUCAUGAUCCUCCUAGACCAUUAAGUGCUGAAAGCAACAACACAACAAGCAAACGUCAUCGUGGUCCUCAUGUGGCGUCCAUCUUCAGGUGUCACCUCUAGAGGUCUUAGGGCUCAUUCUAUUGAAACUCGAUUGUCGGUGGACCCGAGUUCGUCCUCCCGACAUCCGUUGUAAAUGUGUUCUAUUGCAGACAUCCGUUGUAAAUGUGUUCUAUUGCAGCAGGUGGAGACAAUACAAAUGUCUGAAUAAACUAAUGUUUAGCGAACUCGGAGUACACCGACU